UCAGACAUAAUGGCGGUUUACUAUGUUACGUUGCUUCAUUUAUUUGCUCUAAUAUUGUUGAUACAUUCAACCUUAGGAGAGGAAAUUUAUCAGACAAAACGCGUUCUUCUCAACGGUAAUGAAGAAAUUGCCACAGCUGUGCAGUUGCUGACCACUCAGAAUAAUCAACUGACCACUCAAGUAAAUCAGCUGACCGCUGCGGUUAACCAACUAACCCGUCAAGUUAACCAGCAAGAUGGAGGCGCUGUGUAUGUAAGAUGGGGACGAACUACAUGCCCAGCAAAUGGAACUGAUCUAGUUUACACGGGAUACACUGCAGGGAAUUUGUACAGUCAGAAUGGUGCCGCCGACUACCUUUGUCUGACAUCAGAACCUAUCUGGGGAGUUUAUGACGAUACUCUUCAUACAUAUUCGGCCAGGAUCUAUGGCACUGAGUAUGAGUUUGGUGGUGAAGGAUACUCGGACGGAGGUGCCCAGUUCUUUGGCAAAAAUAUUCAAAACCAUGACGCUCCCUGUGCAGUAUGCAUCACUUCUCGACGAGCCACCGUCAUGAUCCCAGGCAGGAACCAGUGUUACCCCGGGUGGACAAAGGAAUACUCUGGCUAUCUCGUAUCUGGUUUGUCUGGUACCCAAGGUCACGCAUCGUCUUCCAACUACGCAUGCCUAGAUGCAGAAGCUGAAUAUGAAAAUUCCGACAUUGAAGACAAAAACGGGAAGUUGAUGUAUCUUGUGGAGGCCGUAUGUGGUUCACUUCCUUGUCCACCCUAUGUGAAUUAUCGUGAAAUAACAUGUGUUGUUUGCAGCAAAUAA